UAGAUUCUGGAUCUCCAAGGACCUCUGAAGAGCUGAACCACUGGAGUGCCCAGCACAGCUUUGGACAUCACAGGUACUUGAGACAUGACUCCUACAAUCUUCCUAGUCAUCCUAUGCCUGGGAGUGGCCUCAGCUGCUAUAGUCCCUGAAGCGCAGUUGGAUGCUGAACUGCAAGAGCAGAAGGAUAAAGAAGUUCUCAUAAAAGCAGUGUGGAGUAAGUUUAUGAAGACUAACAAACUUCACAGUAGCGAAAAUGACCAGGAGACGGAAGGCUCCAACAUAGAAAUGAGUGCCUCCGGUCAGCUAACUGAUGAAGAACUCAUGAAAAUAAUGACUACUGUUUUACACCCAAUGUUUGAAGAGGAGGAAAACAAACCACAGCCAGUUGUUGAUGACCCUGAAUUUGAGGAUUACACAGAGAGUGGCGAUGGGUUUUUUGUACCAAAUCAGCCACAGUAACAUGGACAGCAGUAUGAAGUUAGGCAACGAGCGAAACAGCCACUGUGCCAUUGUCUAAGAAAUCUCUGCCCCAACAUAUGAACUGCCUGAUGGUGAAAAAGAAGAUCUGAACUGGGGCAAGGGCAAGCAAAAACAGCAGGGACUUCCCCAAUUCAGUAUCCCCUGACAAGUGGGAUCCUGCACUCAAGUCCCUUAAAUAUAUACUAUGAUAUGAAAUCCAAAACAUGUUCACACUAAUAAAACCUUACCAUUACCUUAAUCCAUGCUCUCAACUCAUUUAUAUAAAUGACCUUCAGAAUCAUUUUUAAAUUUAAAAUUUAAAAAGAAGAUGCAAGUCUAUAUCUUUAAAAUAAAACUAUUCAAAAGGCAGUGUUCUGGUUUCUUUCAGGUUUUGUGAAGGCAAAUUGUUAGGUGGAUAAGACAUAGUUCUGUGUGAAGGCAUAAUUAACUGUGUGCUGGUGUUCAGAGAAGAGUGUGAGUGGUCGUUUCAAUAUAGAAUCAGUAUUCCAUCCUUUAUUAUGUUUUGUUCCUCAGGUUUUAAGUGUACUCUCUCAACAAUUGUCUGAAAGUCUAAUUAAAAAUUUCAGGAAUUCAAUGAUCUUAAUUCACAUUAAUAUGAUAGAUUAAAAUUGUUUGCAUUCUCUGUAAAGUGAUGGCUCCUUAAUCUGUUAGACAUCUCUGCACCUGUGCAGGAGAACUCUUUCUACUUCAUUUUAUGAGAUUCUUUUUUUCUACUUUUUUUUUUGGUUUUUCGAAUUCUAUGAGAUUCUAAUUACAUCAUUUACCCCUCUCCUUUCCUCCCCACAAACUCUCCCAUAUACCUCUUCUUUCUCUCUCCCAAAUUAACUGCCUCCUUUUUAAAUUAAUUGUUGUUUUAUGUAUUCCAAAGUAUGUAAAAGCAAGGUGCUAAAGUCAGUAUAAUGGUAAUUGUGUGUAUGUUUUCAGAUCUGAGUUUUUGUUAUCAAAUAGCCAAUUUUUGAGUUCUUUUCUGGGGAAAAAUAUUUUUCUUAUAGCAUUCCUGAGUUGCCUAACUUUUACUAUAUAUUUUAAUAAGUUUACAAUCAUUAACUUGAGAAUAAUGAAUAGUAUUUAUAAUUAAAUUAUUAUCAAAUAU